AUGAAUCGGAGCUUUAGGGCACCGGAGAGGGAACAAAUGGGGAAUCUGAGACUGAAGGAAAACAAGGAUGAGGAGCUGGCAUUGUUUCAAGAAAUGCGUAAACGCGAAAAGGAACGGAAUAAUCUUCUUCUGCUUUACAACUCCGACGAGUUUGACGUUCCACAUGGAACAAAAAUCGGUAAUAUAACUGCAACUACACCUGCACCUGUGCGGAAGACUGGUGCUGAUGAAUUUCUUAAUUCUGAUGGUGAAAAAAAUGACUAUGAGUGGCUUUUGACACCUCCAGGCACUCCUCUUUUUCCUUCACUAGAGAUGGAAUCGCAGAAAACUUUUAGGAACCACCUGGAAACUCUGAAAGUUCGCCCCACAGCGCUGAAAUCUAGACUAGCAAACUCCCAGCCUGAGCAGGCUAGUAGGAGCAUUUUAUUAUCUAGACAGCCAACUUCAUCUCUUGGAUUAAAUACUUCAACUGGAGGACUCCGUAGGCCCUCUUCAUCUGGGGGUCCUGGAUCAAGACCUGCAACACCAACUGGGCGCCCAACACUGAGCUCAACAUCUAGAUCCACCUCGACUUCAGCAUCUGAUAAACCUACAUUGUCCACUUCUUCUAAAUUAACCUCUGCCACGUCAUCUAAAGCAAUAUCGACCACAUCAUCUAAACCUUCGAGAUCUGCAACACCUACUUUCCGUGCCACCUUGCCUUCAGCUAAGCCCAUAGUUCCGCCGAGAUCUUCUACACCUCCCUCGAGGUCUACCAUAAGAUCCUCGACACCUACAGCCAGACAAUCUUUACCUGCACCAAAAUCCAUGUCAAGGGCAGCAACCCCGACUCGUAGGACCUCAGUGUCAAGUGCCCCAGUUAAGUCCCCAACCUCUUCUUCAGUUAUAAAGCCUGCUAAAUCUACAGCAAAAAAUCCAGUGUCGGCAGUGUCUAAUUCUCCAACUAUGAGGCCCAAACCAUGGAAACCCUCGGACAUGCCUGGAUUCUCCCUUGAUGCUCCACCAAAUCUGCGGACAUCUCUGUCUGAUAGGCCGCCUUCUGUCACAAGGGGUAGACCUGGAGGACCGAGUUCUCGAUCUUCAUCUGUCGAACCCAUUUCAAAUGGAAGGGUUAGACGACAGUCAUGUUCUCCAGCAAGAGGACGGCCUCCCAAUGGCAUUACUCGUAGCAGUGGAAGCUCUGUCCCCGUGCCUGCUGUAAAUCGAUUGCAUGCCAAGGCUAAUGACAACGUGAGCCCUGUUCUAUAUGGAACUAAAAUGGUUGAGAGGGUAAUAAAUAUGCGGAAACUGGCUCCACCCAAGCAAGAUGACAAACAUUCACCAAUUAGCAACUUAUCUGGAAAGUCCUCAUCACCCGACAGUUCAGGCUUUGGGAGAACGCUUUCAAAGAAAUCGUUAGACAUGGCAAUAAGGCAUAUGGGCAUAAGGCGAACUGUUCCAGGCAAUUUACGCCCACUAAUGACUAAUAUCCCAGCUUCCUCCGUUUAUAGUGUGAGAUCAGGGCAUACCAAAAGCAGGACAGUUAGUAUGUCUGAUUCUGCACUUGGUACAAGCAGUGCUAGUUCUGAAGUGAGCGUCAAUAACAAUGCUCUUUGCGUGGAUGGAAGUGAAGGGGAUGACGAUGUUAGCAGUGAUAAGCGUCCCCGAUCUCCUGCCAGCAUACGGAGCAGGAGAUGA